UUCAGUCUAAAAAGUGAGAUUUCGAACACCUGUCUACCGGAGUGUGAAUAUUGCAAACAUACAUACUGGUUCAUCGAUGGGGGAGCCGGCUUUUUGGAAUGAAAUUUACGAGCACUGAACUAGAAUUUGAAGGACUCUGGGGUUGAUUUCGCAAUGCAGCUACAUUAUGUGUCAAAUAUCCGCACGCGUGAUGGCAAUGGUAUUGCAUCACCGCAGUAGACUCACACUGCAUGCAUAAUGUAUAGGACGAUCAGCUGUUCUUUUUACCGGUCUUGAAUGACUAGCAAAGAACAACUGACUCCCCUAAUUUGAGGAGAGUUCACCUGAACUGUGUCUAAUUCCAAGGUUUUUUGUAUUAAGGAGAUUGUUCCUUACGUGACUGCACGCAAUCGAAGACGAAUUAAUUGGCAUGUGAGUAUAUUUCACCGGGUCGUAUCCCGCUGUACCUACCGGACAAAAUGCUGUAUUUGACGGCGUAUAGCCCAUAGGGAGUUCGCUGUGACCGCUAAUCGACGCCGUGAACUUUGCUCGCUGAUAAACCAGGAACCCUGGUCCAUGGAUAAUAAAACAACACACGGGACGUCACUUGGAGCUUUUAAUCUCUCCAGUACCAUGUUUAUGGUUGAUAACUCUGUUUCUAACGGUAUUCCGUUUGCUGUAAAAGAGAGUGGACUAUAGACUUGGCGUGCAGUGACUUGAGGCGACCUCUAGAGCAAACAUCAGGCCGUCACGAAAUCAGCUGAUCUAGCUCGGUCAUGCUUUAAAUAUUCUUCCAUCAAAUUGAACUCAAAGGUUCUGUCAAUACAGGUUGUUGCUUGGAUUUGUACAUCCCUGUGCUUUGCGGACACACACGAAGUGUGUUUUCUUCAUUGAGUAAAGUCACUAAAGAAAACAAGUUCGCUAGGUAUUGUGGAUUAAAACUACAUCUGCAUACAAUUGAAGAAGCGCCACCAGAACGUCACUACGAGAACAGUUCAUGGUCAUGUAAAAUCGAUACAUCAUAUUGUCUGCUGAGAAAGUUUGUGAGAGUAAAUGGACGUUACUUCAUCAUCAUUGAGUGUUCAAUAACUUUGUUGUCUACUGAACAACACGUCACGGAAGUUUACGGGGAAACAAAGCUAGGGAACAAUCAUUGUCUGUUAGAAAUCGAUGUCCCAAUGAACUGAUGUCAAAGAUAACAACAGAUAGCACAUAAAAGAAGGUACGGAUUUAAGUGUCAUGGUCAUGAAUGAAUUGUGUUUUGCGAUUCUGUUUUGACCAGAGGAGGAGCAUGUUUUGACAACUGGUUUGCCUCAUGUCGUGUGUAUAAACGGCAGUUUGUAAACCGUUUUUUUUUUUUUAAAGUGACUGCAACUUUUUCUGAGGAGUUCCCAGUUCCUAUGUGGUUUUGUGGAGUUCAUCCUCGUCGUGGCCUAAAUUUGGAAAUUGUUCUCCCAGUUUUUCCCAUGUUUUCUCUACACACGCAGGAAUUACAUCCACAUGUAAAGACGCGUGCAUAAGUGACCAGUCAUAAAUUCCAAAUGCGAGUGGUGUGAUAAUUUGUUGCCUUAUCAAGUGUCAAAAUUACGCAAUCGGACGGAGACCGCAGCGCUAUCAAAUUAAGGUCACGAAGAAAAAUAGACUUCCACAAUUCGACACCGGAGAGGAGUGUUAUUGCCCAUUGUUCUGUUUGUCGUGGUGGGGGAACUUUCUCUUCUUGUGGUCAUUUCAGCGAAGUGGGCAUCAAGGUUUGGAAGUUUGGAUUGUUGCAUCUUACUGCUCCAUGGUUGCAUGGAUUGUGACACAGGCUUAAAGUUGGUCAACUUAGGCCACCCAUGGUAGGAGCGUCAUGCAUGAGGCUAUGUGAAAAAAGGACAGUCCUACUAUUAGUUGAUAGAUUAUGUUCAGUAUUAAUAGUGACCUCCAGAUCAUAGCCUGAGCUCUGGUUUAUAAGUACAGCUGGAUCGUCCGACAAGAAUCAAAAGAUACAGUUUUAAAAUUUGAGCUUGCUCGCAAGUUCCAACUUUGAAUUUGACGGGUACAGAGAAAACAACUUCCAACAUGGGUCGGCAAAGGUCUAGGACAGACAGCGGCGAGAUGGAAGUGGACAUGGACAAACUGAGGAGGCGCCGUGCCAGUGCCUUCAUCAUCCCCAAAGAUGGCGGCUGGGGAUGGGUUGUCUGCCUAGCCUCGCUAUGGACUAACGGCACCAUCUUUGGUAUUAUUAACUCAUUCGGUGUCAUGUAUGAGAAGAUCUACGAAGAGGUCGAGGGAGCCAACAACUUCAAGUUGUCAUGGGCAGCCUCACUCUGUUCCGGUCUGACCUUCAUGCUUUCACCCGUCUCCAGUAUCCUUACGGACCGGAUCGGCUGCCGAGCAGCCGGAGUUAUCGGAGGAGCCCUGGCGUGUGGCGGUAUGAUCGCCAGCUCUUUCGUAACCCGGAUUGAACUUCUCUACCUCACGUACGGCGUCAUGGUGGGUUCCGGUUUCUCCAUAGCGUACACCCCAUCACUGGUCAUCCUGGGUCACUACUUCCGGAAGAGGAUAGGUCUGGCAAACGGACUCGUGACCUUUGGGAGUGGUGUCUUUACCAUCGUACUUCCCAUCGGGUUGAAGGCGAUUCUAGAGAGCAUCGGGUUGCCGAACACGUUACGGGUCCUAGCCGGGUUGGCCUUUAUCAUGACGCUGGGGGCGAUAGCCUUCCGGCCCGUACCACUUCCGGCAAACUUUGACCUUAAGAUAUUGGAGAGCUUAGCAGAGUCGGCACCGCACGGGAAGCCCGCCCUCAAGAACCUGUUUGGGCUGAUGGAUCUGCUUGAUUUGCACGUCUGGAAGAAGAGGAACUAUAGGAUAUGGGCAAUCGGAGUGCCAGUAGCGGUACUGGGAUACUUUGUUCCUUUUGUUCAUUUGAUAAAACAUGUCAACCAACUCGAGCUCGGCGGCAACCCGGCCGUCUUGAUCACGUGCAUCGGGGCCACUUCCGGUCUUGCCCGCCUCGUCUUCGGUCGCCUAAUCGACUCGCCAAAGGUCAACAGAAUCUACCUUCAGCAAAUCUCCUUCCUGGUCAUCGGCGUGACCUCUACACUACUUCCGGUGGUCAGGAACUUCUAUGCUCUUGCUCUGAUGCUGUCGUUCAUGGGGAUAUUCGACGGCUGUUUUGUGAUGCUGAUCGGACCGAUUGCUCUUGACGUGGCUGGGCCUGAAGACGCCUCCAAGGCCCUUGGGUUUCUCUUUUUCAUGAUGUCGUUUCCGAUGACGGCUGGACCACCAAUAGCAGGAUUCAUCUAUGAUAAACUGCAAGACUACACGCUAGCGUUUCUCCUCGCUGGGGCGCCCCCAAUCAUCGGUGCCUGCAUCCUCUUUUUCGUGCGAUUGGAAAAGCCCGACGACGACACGCCGCUUGAUGACGUCAGCGUGGAAGAAGACACAACCGAACAAUCCCGAACCCUGCUGACCAACUCGGAGACCGAUGAUUCGCUUGAGUACUCGCCGUACGCACGGAGGAAAAUCACGGUACUGGAGAGCGGCGCGAACGCGCUGCCAGCCAAGGGGGAGGAGGAAACUCUUCCACGGCCUAUUCUCUCCGGAAAGAACGGUGACUUGCCGAGAAACGUUUCGUCCCCCGCACUGCUGCCCAGCGAGCGGUCUGGGCUCAACGGACUACCGGGGAUGAACGGCAAGAUGCCCCGCUUGGGCCGGCGGGUCACGUACGGUGAAGUUGUUUUCCAUGGAGAAAUUGAAAACUUGAGACCGUUACCGAAUCCGACAAGACUGUUAGUAUCGGAAAAGGUUUCAGUGGUUUAAGUAACAGUUAAACAGAAGUACCAUAACACUAUCGUGAACUUAUAAAACCAGACACGCCAUUCAGGUCCUGGCGGAUUGAUGGAGAUGUCACCGCAAGGUUCCCAUCCCACCGUUAUCAGCGUCGAGGGUAUGGUUCAAAGAGUGAAGCCCGAAUGUGAAUGCGAUACUUGUUUGGACGUCGUAAUAAUUCGCACAAAUUAAUAAAAAUCUUUGGACACUCAUCUACUUAUCGUUUUAAACGGGUUACAUGUAAAAAGGUACUGCUCUGUGUUUCAUUUCGUUUGACUUGUCCCUUGGUUAACUUCAAUAUUAUAAUACUUUCUUUUGAAGUACCCUUAGUCCUGCGUUGCAGAUAUUGGACCAUUUCAUCAGAUGGAUAAGAUAAUAGUUGUGUAAGCUAUUUGAACAACUCAAUUAUAUUUUAAUGAAAAUUAUGUUCAAAUUUAAUUAUUUAUUAUUUUCUUUUGUACAUUUUACAAAUUAAUUUUGAAACAUUUAAAAUUCAUUACUUGUUACGUUUUAGAUUUUUGACAACAUUUAUCGAUAGGGCAUUUUUCGAAAUCACAAUCCCACAUCUUCAGUUUUGGGCUCCGUUUCAGGUCCCGGCCAGUUAUUUUUUACAAAAAACAUGCGUUUGUUACGGCACUUUAGGCGAACGGAGUCUAAUGCACUGGAGCCCCAGGCCGCAUACGUGGUUUCGAAAAGGCCCCUUUUAAUGUCUUCUACGGCGCCCAAGGCGUCCUCUUUGAGAUGAUGAAAACUGAAAUUGACUUAAAGUGAGUAAAACAGAAAAGGUGAUUAAUGACUGGUUUGUAAAAUAUUUGAUGAAGGUAGUUAUGGACAGAUUAAGAACCCGGCUUCCAGUAAAGAAUGCUUAUUUUGUUUACAACGAUUUUCAAACAAAAUCAUUUGAGUUCGUAUGGUACGAAAAAUGUUCUGGGUCUUACUCCCAGACGUGCUACAAUGUCUUUAAUGUGUAGGGCCCUGACAUAAUGUUAGUCUGGUUUCAAAAAGUAAACAAACUGGCAGCAAUUUUAUUUUCUGCACUACCAAAUUGCCGCUGUCGUAGUGCUUUUCAAGGGGAAAUUUUUUCUUCGUAAUUGACCAAAAAAAAAUGGGAAUCCUUAAAAAUAAAAUCAGGAUGGCAGUUUUUAAGCACAUUUCAAAAAAUUGCAAACUGGCAGAUAUGGUUUUCUUUGAAAAAAAUUGUCGUCAUCGAAAAGAAAUAAUGUAUUAAGAUGGCAUGGAAUGUUAUAUACAAGGUGCACAUUUUCCCCGAACUGCUGGCAGUGUCUAACGACCUGAGCCGUUGUCGUAAAUCGUGAUUUCGAAAAAUAGGCAGGUGCACAUUGCCCACGCUCUAAGCCCAGAUUUAUGUUGUAAAAGCAGGGCAAUGCAAAAUCUGUGCUUUAGUUUUUUGGGGGAAAGAUUAACUGCCAUACCUACCAAUUGAUUUUGGAUAAAACAUCAAUGCCGAAGUAUGGGUAGACUGUUAUCCACAUUGAUAAGGGCAAGUGUUGGCUUAAGUACAAUACACAUUCGUGUUGCUUUUAACUGCGAAUCUGGAACCAUGCAAAGCCAUUAUGAAAUGAUGCGAGUUUAAUGGUGACUGACGUGGGCUCAACAGCAUAAUCUUAUCUCUGGCGUAAUUUACGAGCCUCGAAGUUUGAAAUAAGAUUUUCAGGCAAAAGUAUGUACGAAACAGGUCGAUCUUAAUGUGCUUGCCACCACCACUGCACAUACACCUCAUGCACAUGACGUCAUUUGGAGUAGGGCGCCCUAUGGCAGGUAUCAAAAGAAGGUAGCUCAUUGGUUGAGCCUGUGCGUGCGAGCGUACACAGUCCAUACAGCUGCAUCGCGUUUUCCAUUUGUUGUAUCAUAAUUGUUGUUUUACGUUAAGAUGGCAGCGGGGUGAUGACGUCACUGCAUUGGGUUCAUUCUUGAUGAUGAUGUACAUCCGAAUUCUUGAAUAAAAAUGUUUCGACGGUGAUCAA